AUGGCCUCCACCAGCGCGGCGACCAAGCCGAUCCAGAAGAUACUGGACUCGACCAAAGUCUCGACUUUGACGAAAUUUGUACGAAACCCGCCGAUUGAUCCGCAAACACCGAUCCAGGGCAAGAUCCGACACACAGCUUCAAAUGCAUUCAAGGAGCACGCGAAGCGUGAGGGUGUGCGGUUGCAGAAGGCGCUGAACGCGAUCACGCACGGCAAGCACAUUUUUGUCUACCACAAUGUCCGCACGAAGCAGGUCGUGUACUCCCUGACCCGAUAUCUCGAGAAAAACAACGUCCUGCGCCAAAUGGUCUACCACGGCAAGAAGACUGUUCCAUCUGAGCUUCGUCGUGAUAUGUGGGUUCCGUAUUACUCCGUUCACUUCGGCGACUCGCGACUCGGGCUGCGAGCCUACCAGCUGCUUCGUGAGUUCUCAAUGCAACGCCAGCUCUCUCCACCGGCGGAGAUGAUCACUGUGACCGAAGAAUUCCUGGCUGCAAAACGCCCGAAGGAUCCGACUGAGGCAGAGGAGUUCGAUAGGAUGAACAAGAAGAGAAUUGGCUGCCCGAUGGAGAAGAAGGAGCGUGCCCGGGUCCUCAUGGACCAGAAGGCCACCUCUGUCGCCGAUAUCGCAGCUGUCCUGGCCAUUCAAAAAGAAGAGAUUGCAAAUGGACUCUUGGAGGAGAACAAGCGGGGGUUCCUGCUUCCGGCUGCGCGCCGCCGCCGUCGUGAGGCUCGUGAGCGCGAGGCUGCGCGGGCUGAGGCAAAUGCGGCCCGCAUUGCCGCGCUGGAAGAGCAGUUGAGCAACCGCAGCGGAACGGAAGUGAAGAUUGGCGAGGUGGAAGGUGUGUACCCGAGCCAAACAGAGGAUGUCAAGAUUCUCUGGCGAGAUGUUCAUGAUGCAAACAAUGCCAGCUCGUGGCCAGAGUAUGUUCAACACGGCGAGCUGGAGCUCAAGCGCAACAACAUCAUUGGCUCGGAAAGACAGCAUGAUAGCUCUGGUGAAGUCAUCACAGAGCAUGAGUUCAAUGAGAAGAAGGCGUAG